AUGUCUUCGCAUGGCGUGACUGGGUUCCGUCUGUUCUACAAUGAGGUGGUCGGCGACGUGAGAGCCGAGCUGCUUGCCCGUCUGGGCUCCGAGACUGUGCCGCUCGCCGAUGUGCAGCGCGAGGUGGCCCGGCUGUGGAAGGAAUGCCCGCAUCAAGAGGAAUAUCGCAAAAAGGCCGCCGCAAUCGCCCCGGCGAACGGCGCUGCCGACGCUCAGGGCAAACCGGAGCCCGGCGACAUCGUGAUUCCACCGCACCGGCUGAAGCGCAUCCUCGAGCUAGACGACGAGGCGCCGAGGAUGACCAAGGAUGCGUCGCGCACGCUAGGCCAGGCUACGUUCGCUGGGCACGUCGACAAACACAUCGUAGACACGGGCGCAAGUUACCCGGUCAAGCCGGAGCAUAUCGCAAGCGUCAUCAACAACCCGUUGUACCCGAAGUAUCAGUUCCUCGCCGGCUCCGAGGAGCAGCUGUUCAAUUCUACCGCUACACACCCAAAAGAUAGGCCAAGUGCUGCGAGCGAACGCGCUCCCACGGAGUCUGAGGCGGAUAAGCCUAACAGCGAGCUCACGGAGUCGCCCGGCAAGCUGGCCGAUAACUCCGAGUCGACGCUGCCGGAAAGACCGGUCGCACCUCAACAGCCCGUUAAGGCGCGCCAACCUUCCAUUCUGAGCUACUUCGGCGGCGGCAGAGCCGCGAAAUGA